AUGCUAAUGGCACUACACAUUUUUGGAAAAAGAUUAAAGAUAAGGAAGGAGAAGCAUCAUAAUUCCAUUCUCUUUUACAAUAUUGUGAGAAGGGGAAUGACGGUAUACAAAUCUGGGGAAAAGGAUAAGGACAAGCACGUAAUGACAACUAACGUAGGAUCUAAACAAGAUAUAGAGAAUCUACUGAAGAGAUACAAAGAUUUAGGAACAAAAGACAAAGUCAAGCUAAUAAAGAAUCACUUGAAAAACGUGAAUGACAUAGAUGUAAAUAAGAUUUACGAGUUUGCACGAGAAAAGGAAAUAGAAAAAGGAAAUAAAAAAAAUGAAUAUGAUGAUGAAGACCAAAGAAGGAAAAGAAUCAAAAUUUUAAGAAUACAAAAAAUAAAACUGAAACAGAAACCAUCAUUUUUGCAACAAAAAAGUAACAAAAAAAAUGCGAAUAAUAAUUUAACUUUCAAAAAUGAUUAUAAUUCUAGUGAAGAUGUUGAUUGCUUGGAAAUGGAAAAACAAUUAAAGAGUGCACAAAAAUACACACUUAUUGAAGAUAUAUACAAAUCUUAUAUAUACAGUAAAGCAUUCACUACACUAUCUAACCAGUACAGAACAAAACAUACAAUAUCUAACGAUUUUUUACAUGUAAUGAUAUGUGCUAUCAGAAAUUCUAUCUUAGAAAAAGUUAACCCCACACUUGUAAACGAAUUUGGAGUUUUUAAAAAUCCUUACAUGCUAAUGAAAAAUUCCCUAUUUAAUUAUAUUCUCCAUGAACAAGUAAAAAAUCCAUAUGAAGAAUCUCUAAUUUAUGAACACCUUAAUAAAAAAACAUACCUAAACAUUUUAAAGCUAGAAAGUGCUGAUACUCCUGUGCAGGUCUAUGAACCCCUCGUUUCAUUUCAUGGGGAUGUAAAUUACAAUUAUGACAUGCGUGAAAAGUUUUCUGACAUUAUGCAAACUAUGAUUCGUUUACUUCGACUUAUCACUAUAUCAAGUGAAACAUCGUCUUUUUCAAAGGACUCUGAACAAAGUAUCUCUGACACCACAAAUAAAGCCUACCAUUCAGAUGGUAGUUAUUAUGACAAGCAGGGUACGACAAGUACCUCAUCACCGAACUCGUCUGAGGAAAUGAACCUACUAAACAAUGUGCUGAAAAUCCUCCCUGAAAAUAUAUCUACUCACUUUGAAAAUUACCCAUUCGAGAAUUUGAAAUCGUUUAAGACAAAUAUAAAGAAACAAUACAUUGGAGGAAUUAAAAAUAGCAAACCCUUAAAUGUGCAAGAUGAAGAACUGAAUCACAUGCGAUAUCCAAACCUGCAAUCUGUUUCACACUCAUUACCAAAGGAUGCAAAAUAUAGAGAUAAUGUUAUCCACGCUAUUAAAGUUUUAGAACGAUCGAAAUACUGGGAUCACUCAAGCAAAAUUAAAGCUAUAAAUACAUUAAUUGAUGUAUGGAAUAACAUGCACUCAAGUGAUCACUAUGAACAUCUACUAGAUAAAUCACUUCCAGUUAUCUACACAAAAGACAUGUUACAAAAAACAAAAACACGACAAGAUACCUACAACAGGGGACUGACAUAUAUACAAUCCCUUACGACACAGAAACCUCUUGGUGCUCGCCUAAAAAUAAAAAAGGGUUAA